UGUGGCUGCAGUUGUAGCGGUGAUGCAGCAGAGGGCGCUGCAGGCUGCGCGACUGGCCUGUUAUUGCUUGGUGUUGAAGUCUGUGGGCUGCAGGCCUUUCUCUGGUUGCACGGCAGUGUGUACUAAAAGCCACAUAUUGGAGUUUGGAGAUGACACAAAAUUAGGUUCAGUAAUUAGUCCUAAUGACUCUACUUCCGUUCCACACCAGAAGACUGGUUACCCAUGUGUACGGUGGACUGGUCCCCAAAUCACAAAAAAAGCCCAUCGCUGUGGAAAUGGCACGUCCAAGUUCCAACUUAGCUGAUUUUCGAGAAGCCUUUGCCAAAGCGAAGCAUGUAGCUGUGAUUACAGGCGCUGGUGUCAGCGCAGAGAGUGGUGUUCCCACGUUCAGAGGUGCGGGCGGAUAUUGGAGGAAGUGGCAAGCACAACACUUGGCAACACCUGAAGCCUUUGCCAGGAAUCCUUCAAGAGUGUGGGAGUUUUAUCAUUACCGUAGGGAAGUGAUGCUAACAAAAAAGCCGAACCCGGCACACAUAGCUAUCGCAGAGUGUGAAGCCCGACUUAGAAAGCAAGGAAGGAAAGUUGUGGUCAUUACACAGAACAUUGAUGAGUUACACCGCAAAGCAGGCACCCGAAACCUCUUUGAAAUUCAUGGUAGCUUGUUUAAGACGAGAUGUUCCUCGUGUGGCAGUGUAAAAGAAAACUACAAUAGCCCUGUGUGUCCAGCUCUUGCCGGAAAAGGUGCUCCUGAACCUGAGGUGGAAGAUGCCAAGAUCCCAGUGGAGAGUCUUCCACGGUGUGAAGAAAAUGGCUGCAGUGGCCUCCUCCGGCCCAAUGUUGUAUGGUUUGGAGAAACUUUAGAUUCCAAUCUUCUAGGAGAAGUGGAAAAAGAACUGGAAAUUUGUGAUCUCUGUUUGGUGGUUGGGACCUCUUCGGUUGUGUAUCCUGCUGCCAUGUUUGCACCGCAAGUGGCAGCUAGAGGGGUGCCAGUAGCUGAGUUUAACAUGCAAAGUACACCAGCUACAACAAGCUUUACCUUUCAUUUUCAGGGUCCCUGUGGAACUACUUUGCCUCCUGCACUUGCCCGCCAUGAAACUGAACUUAUUUCUUGAACAGCAGAUGCAUCAGGGGGUCGCAGCACAUGAUUUCAUUUGGGAGGCGAUGCUAAUUUAAUGUAUGGACAAAACAAAUCAACAUCAUACAGAACAGCAGGACAACUCCCGGAUGCACUUUAAAUUUCUUUUGCACCAAAUAUACAUGUAAAGCUCAUGAUUGAUUUGUAAAAAAAGAUAUAAACUCCACAUGUGUUUGCUCUCUGAGACUGUUAAAUCGAGUGGGUGCAUAUUAUAAAAAAAAUGCAAAUAUUUCAUGGUAUGCUCUACAUUUUUGUUACAACGCUAGAUCCUAAUUACACAUGCAUUGUAUACUGGUGUGUGUGUUCGGUCAGGGAGUUACAGAAGUUAAUGUAUGAAUGCUUGCAUCUGUACAUAUCCAUAUGGAUAUCCAAAUGUUCUUAAAAUGAGCGGUUUAUAGCAUGAUUACAUAGAAGUUUCUUUUUAACUGUUAAUUACACAUUAAGCUGCAUGAUUCUUGGUGAUACAGCACUAUAUACUUUUGAUGCUGGGAGAGCAGUGUGCAUUACUAUUACUGUACAGUAGGCCGGUAUCUCCACUGCAAAAGAGGGGCUUAUUAAAAAAAAAAA